AUGUACAAGCUUUGCGUCGCAGUCUUGGUUCUGGUGAUCGCCACCAGCUCCAUCGAGGACGUGAACUGUAAUGACAUAACGCCGUGUACCCAGAGCUCCGUCUGCAACAGCAACUGCUACGACAACGGCUGCUACAACCAGAACAACUGUGGCUGCUACAACCAGAACAACUGUGGCUGCGCCUGCAAGAACAACUACAACAACUGCUACCAGAAUAACUGCGGGUGCCAGAAACAGAAUUGCGGAUGCCAGAAACAGAACUGCUGCCAGAAACAGAGCUGCUGCCAGAAACAGAGCUGCUGCCAGAAGCAGUGCUACGGCGGGUGCUCAAAAUUCUGCUGCAUCCAGUCCAAAGUAGCCACCAAGCUGUUGCUCAAGCUCCUUCCACUCCUGGUCGACUUGGUCCAGAAGAGCAGCUACAACGGCUGUUGCAACACAUGCGGCUACAACAACUGUUACAACAACGGCUUUUGUGGCACUAACUGCUACAACACCAACACUUGCAGUAGCAGAGCAUUAUGA